AUGACCGUAAAACCGUUCAGCUGUAGCACCCUUUCGGUGCCUAGCCACCAUGCCACCCGGAGGUUGCACGAGGGUUGGGAUACUGCCAGGUUGCCCAAGCCCACACAGGGGAAGUCGAGAGGCAGAGGUCGGGUUCGAACCACAGACCUUCCGGUCAUCCCAAUCAUGACCCGGCAUAUCACUCCGUCAACACAACUAGGACAGCUACUGGGUCGCCGUUCAAGGUGUCAGACAAGCCACUCGCAUAGCUCAAACAUACACAUGUUCGCCAGUCCGGACGUAAUAAUUCAGGUUCUCCCAGCCUGCGCUGAUUGA